CUUGCAAGUCCCCCAGACCCCAAUGUCCAGCUACAAGGAGGCCAAGGAGGCCUUUGUGGCGGACAAUCCGGGAUCAUCAGUGUUCCACGUGAGCGCAGUGAGCGCGGCGGCGUUCACCGCGUACGCGCUGUACGCGCUCGCGGCGCGCCGGUACCGCAGCCCGACCAUGGACUGGGUGACCAUGGUCCUGCCGACGCUGCUCGCCGUGACGACGUUUGCGGACCGCGUGCUGCUGCUCAACGGCGCGAUGGCCGCCGCCGCCGUGCUCCUGUGGCUCGGCGCGCCGGUCCCGCAACCGCCGCCAAAGCCCAAGGGCCAGUGGCUCGACGAGUCCGACUCGGACGAGGACGCAGAGCCGCUGUCCCCUGGCCCCCGCUCGCCCCUCGUAUCCGGCGUCAAGCUCCCAAGCCAGGUCGUCGCUGAGAGCUUGGCACAGGCGCGCGCCUCGGCCUCGGGGUCGUCGCCGACGAGCCUCCAGCCCCCGAUCGAGCCCCGCCGCCGGCGCAGCCCGAGCCCGACGUCCCCAGUCCACACGAUUGAUAUUGCGUCGGCACCCGCGUCGCCCAAACCCGCGGCACCGCGCACGGACCGCGCGGUGCCGAAGCUCGCCGUGCCGCGCCCCUCCGAGCGCACGGCCCGCGGGGACACGCUACUCCCGUUCCUCUCGGUGUACCGCGCGCACAUGAUGCUCAUGACGGUGCACGCCAUCCUCGCGGUCGACUUUCCCGUGUUCCCUCGCGUACUGGGCAAGUGCGAGAACUUUGGCACGAGUCUCAUGGACAUCGGCGUCGGCAGCUUCGUGUUCAGCCUCGGCAUUGUGUCAAGCAGAACAUUCUCCCCAAGGUCGGGUAGGAGGCGGUGGAUCCCGGCCCUGGUCGGGGCGCUGCGCCGAGCCGCUCCAGUCCUCGCCCUCGGAUUCAUUCGUCUCCUCAUGGUCAAGGGGUCCGAGUAUCCAGAGCACUUGACGGAGUAUGGCGUCCACUGGAACUUCUUCUUCACUCUUGGGCUGGUGCCGGCGUUGGCGACGGCGCUGCUCCCUCUGCGGCGAUUCCUGCGCUGGACAACGAUCGGGCUGCUGCUAACAGCGGUGCAACAGCUUGUGCUCAGCAACACCGGCCUGCAGACCUUCCUCCUCUCCGCCGCCCGCCCAGGACUCCUCGGCGAGAACAAGGAGGGUAUCGCCAGCAUGCCCGGCUACGGCGCCAUCUUCCUCCUCGGCCUGUCGGCAGGCGACAAGGUCCUCCGCGUGUCUGCGCCGCCCAAGGCAGACGAGGACGGCGGCGGACGACGUCUCAGCUCACAGCAGCUGUCCGAGCGCGCAACCCGACGCAAGACGCAGCUCGCGUUCGAGCUCGUAUCCUACGCGACCAUCUCGUGGGCUGCCCUCGCGCUCUCGUACGCCCUCGGUAUCGAGGUCUCGCGCCGCUUCGCCAACCUCCCCUACGUCGUCUGGACGGUCGCGUACAACACGACCGCGCUCGCCCUGUACCUCGCCAUCGAGCUCUGGCUCUUCCCCCCCGCAAGCGUCGCGCCGCCCUGCCCGCCCCUCCUCGACGCCAUCAACCGGAACGGCCUCGUCGUCUUCCUCGUCGCCAACCUCCUCACGGGCCUCAUCAACGUGUCCAUGCAGACCAUGUACGCUGGCACGUUUGUGUCCAUGACCAUCCUCACAGCGUACAGUGCUGGCGUAAGUGCGUUUGCCUGGGCGAUCCGGGGCCAUAGAAUAAAGCUUUAGAUGUGUAUAAAUGGGAAGUGUUUCGCACCGCUCCCCGCGUUCCUAUCAAUGCAUACUUGUACA